AUGCCUCAACCUAUAAAAGUAUUGUGUUUGCACGGUUGGGUGCAAUCUGGCCCUACAAUGUCGAAAAAGAUGGGAACAGUUCAAAAGUACUUGUCCAAGUUUGCUGAAUUGCAUUUCCCUACAGGUCCCGUAGAGUACAAAGCAGAAGCCGACCCCAAUGACGAAGCCGAGCAAAAGCGACUUGCUUCCAUGGGUGCCGACCAAGGUGGUAAAUAUGGUUGGUUUGAAGUAGAAGACUUCAAAAACACUUAUGAGUGCUGGGAUAAGAGUUUGCAAGUUAUCAAUGAGUACAUGAAGGAAAAGGGACCUUUUGAUGGGAUAAUUGGUUUCUCCCAAGGUGCUGGUAUUGGUGCUAUGUUGGCACAUCUUUUGCAACCUGGCCAACCCCCUAAUCCUUAUGUACAACAUCCUCCUUUAAAGUUUGCCGUAUUUAUUGGUGGUUUCCGCUCUGAAAAGCCAGAGUUCGAUCACUUUUAUGAGCCUAAACUUAGUCUACCCAAUUUGCACAUCAGUGGUACCGCCGAUACCCUUGUUCCUCUUGCACGUUCCAAGCAAUUGAUGGAGCGUUGUGAGAAUCCCAAUAUUUUGUUGCAUCCUGGUAUGCAUGUUAUUCCCCAACAAGCUAUUUACAAGACUGGAAUCCGUGACUUUAUGUACUCCGUUCCUAUCUCUGGUGAGGCUACGAAGCAUCCUCGUGAUUUGACUUUAAUUGUUGCAGUUUCUUCUCCAUCAUUGGGCAUUGGUAAGAAGAACAAUAUGCCUUGGCACAUUAAGGAAGAAAUGGGUUACUUCGCAAACGUGACCAAUUCCACGAAUGGCAUUGAGCUUGCCGAAGGAAAAUCCAAGAUUAUGAACGUUGUACUGAUGGGCCGCGCAUGUUACGACAGCAUUCCCAAGAAGAAUCGUCCCUUGAAGGAGCGUAUUAAUGUAGUCAUUACUCGUACUGAAAAGUACAACUUUGGUUUGACCAAGAAGGACAAAAUUCCUGAGCACUUGUAUGCUGCCGAUUCCAUUGAUGCGGCUUUGGAUACUCUAGCUGAAAAAUAUGAUAACACCGAUAUUCAAAUUGGUAAGGUGUUUGUCAUCGGAGGUUCCUUCUUGUACGGUAGCGCUCUUUACCACCGUUUGACAAAGAACAUUCUUUUUACUCGCAUUUACCAUGAGUACCAAUGCGACUCAUUCUUCCCAUUUGAGCCCAAGGAUGCAGCUGCAUGGGAGAAGAAGUCUCAUGCUGAACUUGAAAAGUUUGUCGGUAUUCCAGUGCACGAAGGUCACCUGAAGGCUGUUGGAUCCAAGAAUGAGGAAGUUGAACUAGAAUUUGAAUUGUAUGGUAAAGAUGAUGUCUCUCAUGCAUUGUCCAAGUUGACUGUUUAA